UAGGCGUACAGUCGAAUUAGUUUUUUUUUCCGUAAGGAUACAGUGGGAGAACUAAACGUCGGCGAUGCUGUAUGCGGCCUAAGAUUUCUGACGCAAUACUGGGAUAUCUGAUGCAAUCAGCCAGCUAGAGGACACAUUUCCUUGAAGAAGCUCGAAGCGUGCGGCUGUACGUUUUAAGGUGGUCUAGCGCUUGCUUAGUUGUACACUUUAAGAUCAAUCACUUUUCUAAGGACAAUUUCUUCAGAGAUGUCAGAGAACAAGAUUGUGGUGUUAGCCUACAGUGGUGGGUUGGAUACAUCCUGUAUAUUAGUAUGGCUGAAACAAAGAGGAUUUGAAGUUGUUACCUAUAUGGCUAAUGUUGGACAGGAUGAAGAUUUUGAGGCAGCAGAGAAGAAAGCAAUGAUGCUUGGGGCCAAAAAGUUUGUUUGUUUGGAUGUGCGUAGGGAGUUUGUGGAGGAGUUUAUCUGGCCAGGAGUUAAGGCAAACGCUGUGUAUGAAGAUCGUUACCUUAUGGGCACAAGCUUUGCCAGACCUUGUAUUGCCAGAGGUAUGGUGAAGGUGUGUAAGGAGGAAGGGGCUGGGUACAUAGCCCAUGGUGCAACUGGCAAAGGCAAUGACCAGAUACGCUUUGAACUUUCCUGCUAUGCUCUCUACCCACAGGUUAAGGUAAUUGCUCCUUGGAGAAUGCCAGAGUUCUAUGAGAAAUUCAGAGGGCGCCAGGACCUGUUUGAGUUUGCCAAGGAAAACAAUAUCCCUCUCCCUGUCACUCCCAAAUCUCCUUGGAGUAUGGAUGCUAAUCUCAUGCACAUCAGUUUUGAGUCGGGAAUUUUAGAGGAUCCAAAAGCUGAAGCUCCAAAAGACCUGUAUCUCAUGACAACGGACCCUAAAGAUGCUCCUGAACAGCCAUUGAGACUUGAAAUUGAUUUCAAACAUGGUGUGCCUGUGAAAGUGAAGAACUUGGAGGAUGGAACAGUGGUUACAUCUGCCUUGGAAUUAUAUCUCUAUCUCAACAAAGUAGGUGGAAGUCAUGGCAUAGGAAGAAUCGAUAUUGUAGAGAACAGAUUCAUAGGAAUGAAAUCUCGAGGGAUCUAUGAGACCCCAGGUGGGACCAUCCUGUUCCAAGCCCAUAUGGACAUUGAGGUGUUCACAAUGGACAGGGAAUUGCGAAAAAUCAAACAGAGUCUAAGCAGCAAAUUUUCAGAUAUGGUGUAUAGAGGCUUCUGGGACAGCCCUGAGUGUGAAUUUGUCCGCCACUGUAUAGACAAGAGUCAGGAGUGUGUGGAGGGGACAGUAACACUAGCAUUGUACAAAGGGGGCAUUUAUAUUCUAGGACGCGAAUCUCCACUUUCCCUCUAUAAUGAGGAAUUAGUAAGCAUGGAUGUCCAGGGCAACUAUGACCCUAUAGAUGCUGGAGGCUUCAUCAAAGUUAAUGCUCUUAGGCUACAAGAGUAUCAUCGCCUGCGAAAGAAGAUGGGGGCUGAGCAGAAUGGAAAAUUAGGCACUGGUGACCAAUAAGUAAAAC